AUGGCCCUUUUGGGUCAUUUAGUGGCUCGUCUGGAUUCAUGUCGGCAAACAAGCGCUCAUCAAUGGGUAAACGAGCCGGUCGAGGCCAAGUCCUUCAUAUGGCGGGAGAAGCCCAGGCUCGAAGAGCACCAACUAUCCGCUGCGAAAAGCGCCCACCAGAUUCGGAUCCGGAGCUCAUGCGAGACUGCGUUGUCGUUGGCUUGUGUCGUACGGGGUUCCAUCAAUUGCAUCAUUGCAAUUGCUGUUCCUAUCGUCUCGUCCAACAUGAGCAUCUACACAUCUAGGCACUGGCGGCGGACAGACACACACUCAUUCAACUUUUUCAAGACAAGUGACUUCCUCUUGCAAAACCUUAUACCAGAUCGCCUCGGCUUGUUGAUUCCAACUCCGACGAGUGACGAUGGCGACGAAACAUAUGAUGGUCAGCCACUUCUGUUGACCACCAAAAACACCCUCCGAUGGCAGAUGGACUAUGACGAGCAUAAGAAUGCAAAAGAAAAUAUGAAACUUGCAAGCAAGUUGCUUCACAGCUGCAUUUCGGACGGCAUUAAGAUGGAGAUUGAGGAUUGCGCUGACGCCAAGGACACUUACUACUUUAUCAAGAAGCGAUAUGCAGUCACAAACGAACGGGUGCGUCAUAUUCUGUUGAAAGAUUAA